AUGUGGAAGUUGAAGAGUGGGAAGUUUGUCGAGGAGCAAAUGGCGAAGUUGGUAACGAAAGCCGAAUUCGAACAUGGGGGAAAGGCCAGCAAAGCGACAUCAAAAGCUCAGAACCAAGAGCACUUAAUUGGUUCCGUGGAAGCCACUUCACGUAAAAAAGUUGGCACAAAAGUUGACCUUUUGUACAAAGCACCGCUGAUGGAGUUGGGCGCCAUCGAAGUUGGUGCGUUUAAUGAUCGAAGCAGCACUAAAUCAAUUAUGGAGUUGGGCAUGAAAUGCCUGGAAAACAUUGAAGGAUAUACUGGUCGAUCUUGA